AUGUCUGAUCAUAGAAGCCCAAGAAAAAGAACUAUAGAAUCGGACGACGAGAACUCUUCUGGUGAAGAAGUUUUCGCAAGCUCUUCACCAAAGCAUCAAUCAUCCCCUGCACCUUCAUCAUUGGCAUCUUCACCUAGAGCACAGCAACCACCAUCUUCUCCAGCAAUACCAUUUGAAGAAGAUACGGAGGAGAAUGAAGAACGAAAAUACAUGAAUAAUAAUAUUGAUGAUCUUGAAGAUAAAUUAGAAGAACAAACAGGUGUGGAUUUAAUAGGAGAUGAAAUGUCGAAAGAUUACAAGUCCAAGCCGGAGCAAGAUCGAUAUGAUUCUGAACAAUUGGAUGAUAAUGAAUAUGAUGCCUUGUCAGAUUCCGAGAAGAGGAAAGUUGAUGAGAUGUUAGAUGCAAGAGAUAAGUUAAGAAGAAAAAAGCUUGCAGGUGAAGGUAACCUCGAUCUAGAUGAAGGCGAAAAUUUGAAUGAUGUGCCAAGAGAUGAAUAUGGUUUACCAAUUCAGAGACGAAGAAGAAGGCAUGGUUAUGAGGAAGAUACUGAACAUUAUUUUGAUGACGUUGACCCCUUGACGGAAGAAUUGUCUUUGGACGCCCUUUCCGAAGUCAAAGCUCCAUCUAUUCUAGAAUGGAUAACUAUGCCUAAUGUUGCGAGAUCUAUUGCCAGAGAACUUAAAUCUUUCCUUCUUGAAUAUACGGAUGAGAAAGGUCGUUCAGUUUACGGUAGUAGGAUUAGGACAUUGGGUGAAAUGAACAGUGAGAGUUUGGAAGUCUCGUAUAUGCAUCUUCUUCAUUCAAAAGCCAUUCUUGCCCUCUUUUUAACAACGUGUCCAGAAGAAAUGCUGAAAAUAUUUGAUGUGGUUGCAAUGGAGGCCACUGAGCUACAUUAUCCCGAUUACAGUCAAAUACACUCCGAAAUACACGUUCGUAUAGCGGGUUUCCCUACAAUUAACCAGCUUCGAGAAUUAAGAGGGUCUCAUUUGAAUACAUUAGUGAGAAUUACAGGUGUUGUCACUAGAAGGACAGGUGUCUUUCCUCAGCUUAAAUAUGUGAAAUUUGAUUGCUUAAGAUGUGGUGCGGUUCUUGGACCAUACUUUCAGGACUCAAAUCAAGAAGUUCGGGUUUCUUACUGUACAAACUGUCAGUCUCGAGGUCCAUUCAGGUUGAAUUCUGAGAAGACAGUUUACCGAAAUUACCAAAGGGUUACCUUGCAGGAAUCUCCUGGUAGUGUGCCACCUGGUAGAAUCCCACGGCAUAAGGAGGUUAUUCUUCUGUGGGAUUUGGUUGAUUCUGCCAAGCCAGGUGAUGAAAUUGAGGUCACGGGAAUAUACAAAAAUUCUUACGAUGGAACUUUAAAUGCAAAGAACGGCUUUCCGGUGUUUGCUACAGUCAUCGAGGCUAACUCGAUAAAAAGGCGUGAGGGUGCUGCUAAAGGAUCUGGCGGUAUUGGUUCUGUUAUUGGUACAAGUGGGCUUUCUCCAUUUGAAUGGACAGAAGAAGAUGAGAGAGAAAUUAUUAAAAGAAGUAAGCAAAGAGGUAUCGUGGACCAGAUAAUUGCAUCAAUGGCGCCAUCUAUUUACGGUCAUAAGAAUAUUAAAACAGCAGUUGCAUGCUCCUUGUUUGGGGGUGUUCCAAAGGACGUAAAUGGGAAACAUUCAAUUAGGGGUGACAUUAACGUUCUCCUUUUGGGUGAUCCAGGUACUGCAAAAUCACAAAUUUUGAAGUAUGUCGAAAAAACAGCACAUAGAGCUGUUUUUGCAACAGGUCAAGGUGCUUCCGCUGUUGGUUUAACUGCAUCAGUUAGACGUGACCCAGUUACAAGAGAGUGGACGUUAGAAGGAGGAGCAUUAGUUCUCGCAGACAAGGGAGUUUGUCUGAUUGACGAAUUUGAUAAGAUGAAUGACCAAGACAGAACAUCUAUUCAUGAAGCUAUGGAACAGCAAUCUAUUUCUAUUUCCAAAGCAGGUAUUGUUACCACUCUUCAGGCAAGAUGUUCCAUAAUUGCUGCUGCUAAUCCUAUUGGUGGACGUUAUAACUCUACACUGGAUUUGCAAAGGAAUGUGAAUCUUACAGAACCUAUCCUUUCUCGUUUUGAUAUAGUAUGUGUUGUGCGGGAUUUGGUGAAUCCAGAGGCGGAUGCAAGAUUGGCUGAAUUUGUGAUAGAUUCACAUAUCAGAUCACAUCCGUUAAACGAUGAUGGUCACGACGAAGAUCCUGAUAAGAUGGAUGUUUCUGAUGACGAUACGGUCAAUAGUGAAGAUGAUGAUGAAAAUAUUACUUCUACACGGUUACGGAAAGAGGAAAACGCAAGAAAGCAAAAAGAGGAUGAAAUUUCACCUAUUCCACAGGCCUUUUUAAUUAAGUAUAUUCAUUAUGCGAGAACAAGAAUACAUCCAAAGUUGAAUCAAAUGGAUAUGGAUAAGGUUUCAAGAGUUUACGCUGAUUUAAGAAAAGAGUCAAACACGACCGGCUCCUUUCCAAUUACUGUGAGACAUUUGGAAAGUAUUCUUCGUAUUUCCGAAUCCUUUGCAAAAAUGAGGUUGAGCGAGUAUGUUUCAAGUGGUGAUCUUGAUAGAGCUAUAAAAGUUGUUGUUGACAGUUUUGUUGGAACCCAAAAGAUCAGUAUCAGAAAGCAGUUACAGAGAAGCUUUAUGAAAUACACCCUUCCACACAGAAAGCAUCUACCACAGCAGGUUACUGUCUCUUGA